AUGGUGGGUAGAGGUACUAUAAAUCCACGUAAAGGGCCACAGCUGAUAGAGCCAGGUGCAGGAGCCAAGCUGCUGCUGCUGUAGGCAACAUGCUACAGACAUGACCAAGCAGAUGAUUCCAGCAGCUACACUAAAGUCAUCUAGGUGACAAACAGGGUCCCCAGGGGCGACUGGGCCUAGCACGAGAUGUGUCCUGAUGGAUUCCUCACCAGUGGGUUCUUGAUCAAGAUCCCCCCCCCCGCCGCGCCCCUCCUGGCAACUGAUCCCACAGCAGUGAAUGGGAUCAGGCUGCACUGCACCCAUGGGAAAGCAGAGAGACACUUAGUAGUGGAGUCCCAGUCUGGGGGGUGGGGCACAUGGAGAAAACCGCUGUGGUGUCAAGGUCACUUCUUUGUGGCUUUCUCCUUUCUCGUGAAGACACCCAUGACCCCUGCAAACAACGCACGCUUCCGCUGCUCAGAUGGCGCACAGCUGUAAGGGCCUGGUUUGGCCUGAGACUUUGGAAACUGGAGUGAGCCAUGACCCAAAGGCAUGUGCGGCUUUCAGAUCAAGAUCGGGCUGCAUAGAGGCCACCUCGAUGACACCAUGGUUAACGACCUGCAUUUUUUCUGCUGUCGCCGUCGACACCUUCGCUGCCUUCUACCCGGCCCCACUUCUCUCUCUGUCCUGGCUUUGGUCUCACUCGUUUUAGGGGUAGGAAACUGUGCCUCCUAG